AUGGUCGCUAGUGAAUUUAGUUACAAAACUAACCCAGAAACUUUAGUCUUAUUUGACGUUGAUGGUACUUUAACUCCAGCUAGAUUAACUAUCUCUCCUGAAGUUAAAGAAACUUUAAAAAAGUUAAGACAAAAAGUAUGCAUUGGUUUCGUCGGUGGUUCUGAUUUAUCUAAACAACUUGAACAAUUAGGUCCAGAUGUUUUAUCUGAAUUCGAUUACUCUUUCUCAGAAAAUGGUUUAACUGCUUACAGAUUAGGUAAAGAAUUAGCUUCUCAAUCUUUUAUCAACUGGAUUGGUGAAGAAGAAUACAACAAAUUAGCUAAAUUCAUUCUAAGGUAUUUAUCUGAAAUCGAUUUACCAGUGAGAAGAGGUACUUUCCUAGAAUUCAGAAAUGGUAUGAUUAACGUCUCUCCAAUCGGUAGAAACGCUACCACUGAAGAAAGAAACGAAUUCGAAAAAUACGAUAAGGUACACCAAAUUAGAGCCAAAUUCGUCGAGGCUUUAAGAAAGGAAUUCGCUCAUCUUUCUUUAACUUUCUCCAUCGGUGGUCAAAUCUCUUUUGAUGUCUUCCCAACUGGUUGGGAUAAGACUUACUGUCUACAACACGUCGAAGCUGAUGGUUUUAAGGAAAUUCACUUCUUCGGUGACAAAACCAUGGUAGGUGGUAAUGAUUAUGAAAUCUACGAAGAUAAGAGAACUAUCGGACACUCCGUUACCUCUCCAAAUGACACUGUCAAGAUCUUAACCGAAUUAUUCGAUUUAUAA